CAAGGAGCUAUUCACAGCCUGAGGCUAAUCUUCAACGAUAUUUCCCCGGGGGUAGGGGGGGUGGGGCCAGGAGAACAUGGGAGAGUUACGAUAGUGGGAGUGUUCCCGAGGAAUCGGAAGACGGUGGAGCUUAUUUCCGUCAUUAUUCGACACCUUCAAGACCUGGUAUGAAUCAACAACAACAACAACAUGUGCUCCAGCAGCCAAUGGAAGAAGUUACUAAGAAUAUAUCAACCAGUAAGGAUUAUGGUGGCUACGAUUACUCUUUCAUUUCAUCACAUGAAGAGCUUCAUGAGUUCAUCUGUCCUAUCUGCCGCUUGGUCUUACGCAGCCCCCACCUCACCGACUGCUGUGGGGCUUGCUUUUGUAGCACCUGCAUUAGAGAACACAUCUCUUUAGAUAACUCCUGCCCACUGUGCAAGAAAGAGCAUUAUAGUGUCUUCAUACAUAGGAACAUAGAGCGAUCCAUAAACAGACUACAAGUGAAGUGCCCUAAUAAUGCUGAUGGGUGUGUGUGGGUGGGGCCGCUGGUUGACGUGGCAACGCAUGUCGACCUAAAUAAAGGAGACUGUGAUUUUGUACGUUGUCUUUGUCCUUUCUGUGAGGAGGAGUUCUCCUUGAACACCUUGUACACUCAUAAAACUGAUGAGUGUCCCAGACGUCCCUAUUCCUGUAAAUUCUGUUCGUUUAAAAGUGCUUACGAAGACAUGCCCUCCCAUUGGCCGCUCUGUGACGGCUACCCCGCCCCCUGCCCUAACGACUGCGGCUCUAUGGACAUGCCCAGGAGGGACAUCCCCCAGCAUUUGGAGGUGUGUCCACGUAAAAUCAUCGAAUGUGAUUUUAAAUUUCUUGGUUGUGAUUCCACUUAUCCUUUAUCUGAUGCACGGGUCCAUGAAGAAAGCUCCGCCCACUUUCACAUGAGCCUGAUGGGUAGGAUGGUUAGGGAGUUAAUGAAUAGAGAGGCCACACCCACUGGCCCUACCCACGAGGACCUAGAGGGGCGGCUGGAAGAGAAGGAUAGGGAGUUGUCUUUAUUAAGAGAGCAGGUACAAGUACAGGGCAAGGAACUGGGAGAGCUUCGUUCUCUUGUCUCUACACUGGAAGAGUCUCAGGCCAAACUAGCAAAAGACCUUCAGAAGGUUCGGUCUCAUGUUGUGACUCCGCCCUUUCACUUCACAGUCUAUAAAUUCAGUGAGCUUCGUUCUUCUGGCAAGCAGUGGUUUAGCUCUCCAUUUUACACUCAUCCUCAAGGCUACAGAAUGUGUAUCAGUUUGGAUUGCAAUGGGUCGGACGAGGGAAGGGGUACUCACGUCUCUGUGUAUGCUAACCUCAUGAGAGGAGAAUUUGACGAUGAGCUCUCUUGGCCUUUCUGUGGUAUCGUUGUGAUCCAAUUGAUUAAUCAGUACGGGGGCGGAGAUAAAGGAGGACAUAUUGUCCAUGAGAUCCCAUUCACUCCUGACGUCCCCUUGGAGAUAUCCGAUCGAAUUUUGGAUCAAGAGCUAGCGGAGAGUGGUCUUGGCGUUCCACAGUUUGUGGCUCACGGGCAGCUCCAGUUGGAUAAAUACACCAACUGCGGGUACCUCAGGAAUGAGUGUUUGAGGUUUUGUGUGACUAGCAUUAGAAGGAACUAGACCAGAAAAAGAUUGUGUGUUUAUUUGUUACUAGAUUGUCCCUUUAUUAUUAUUGAAUAAAUUAUAAAUAAAUUCUUUAAAUUGUCAAA